CAUACUUGAACCAAUAAGAAUUCAACAUACUGCACAUGCGUACCUUACAGAAUAUAGUAAGAGCACGCCGAGUCACACGGCUACAGUGGCUGGUAAUCACUCUGGUGAAGGAUGUCAUAACGCUCUUUCAUGGCUCUGAAACUGGUGCGGAGGCUGCAUGUGCUGAGGCAAGCGGCCCUUCCCCAUCUGCUCUCUUCCACCACUCUGAAUGUGUGCGUCAGACAACAUGUGUGUGCUCCAGGCAUUCUCCCCUUGUUUCAGGGUUGCCGUCAUUCUCUCUCCGGGAAAGAUGGAAAACUGGGAAAAAGGCGGCUGUGCAUCACGUCCCGGGAGCCUCUCUUUCUUGUAGCCGGAUCCAUACGGCUUCCCCGUGACCCCUCUACAGGAGGAGCUCUCACCUCUCUGUUGCAUGGCCUGAGCUCUGAUGAGGAACAUGCCUUUAAAGAUCGCCUUUUCUCCUGCAUGACCUCUCAACAAGUGCUGCAUCUGGCGCACUCCACGCCACAUCUCUCAAGUACAGGUGCUGUUGCUGUUCUCCAUCGACUGGCUGAUCUGGAGCGCGACGGACCUAGAGGACUUCGGGAGCCAGAGGUGCUGCUGUCUGAUCCGGCUUUGAACAAGAUGUGUCUGAGGUUACAGCAAGAUGCUGGUGAGCUAGAAGACGAGGUGGUGGUAAGAGCUCUGCUGGGCUGUACACGUCUCUAUCUAGACCCACAGAGUCACUUAGUGAUGAGAUUGAUGUCCGAGAGCCAAGUACGACUAAACUCGGGCUGCAUGAGCAUUGAGACUCUGUGUGAGUUAGUGCAAGCACUUUUCGCAGUAGAUGGGCCUCACUGUGGCAUCCUAGAGCAGGCUAUGAGGCAGAUCCAGAACAAAGAUCCAGCUCAUUGGAAUCCAAGUGAGUUGACCUCUGUCUAUAAACUGCUAGCUGAAGGGUUGGGAGAGGGUGGACGUUACCAGGAAUUGCUGAAUGAAAUGAACACUCGUGCACUCAGACUUGCUACAAGAAUGGACCCCGUAACUGUUAGCGAAACAUUAGGAGCUCUUGUGAUGCUGAACCAAACGCAGGCAAUCCCACUGGUGAUUGCAUUGUGCAAACAGGCUGUGCGUCACGUGCCGAACUUUGCGGAUACAGAACUGUCGAUUGUAUUGUCUGCACUUAUGCACUAUGGACACAGCGAUCACUUUCUCAUUGAGGCUCUGGAACGCCAUGUACCCAAAAUGGCCUUUACAGCUCAUCCUGAGACAGUAACCAGGGUAAUGCAAUAUUUUGGGCGACGGCGCAUCUUUUCUCCUCCGGUUUUUGACGCAGUGGCUGAAAGCUUUGUGUACAGGGCAGAUGAGUACACCACGGAACAGGUAUCUCGGCAGAUAGUGGCGCUCGGAGUAGUGGGAUAUGUACCUCAGGAGUCUGGCCGACUUUUCCGGAAGGUGGAGUCUGUCUUGAAUGCACGUUUUUCGCACUUCCAGCCUCGAACGCUGCUCGAGUUGCUGCACGCUUGUACCCUUCUACAGAGAUUUCCACUCAACUUUGUCUCGAAGGUCUUCAGUCCAUUCUUCCUACAGCAGCUUCAGGAGGGCAGUGUAAUGGAUCAGGGGGUGCUGGCGCAGCUUACACAGCUCUACAUGACUAUGAAACUGGAAUGUCCAUUCUAUCGGGGUCCACAGUUUUUACCCAAGCUGCGGGUGAAGUCAUUUCUGUCUCCUGGGUGUACACUGGAAAGUCCGGUGGACCCUCAUCUCUAUAAUUGGGUGAAGAAUGGCCUAGUGGAUUUGCUGGGGGAUCGAACUUACUUUGCUUCCAGGGUCCUUACACCAUACUGUUACACACUUGAUGUGGAGAUAAAACUGGAUGAAGAUGGCUAUGUCUUACCUGCCAGCCAAGUUGAGGAAAUAUAUAGAAGAAUUGCUGUUUGUAUUGAUGGGCCAAAGCGUUUUGCUGCUAAUGCCAGACGGCUUCUGGGGAAGGAAGCUAUCAAACAGCGACACCUAAAGAUUCUGGGAUAUGAAGUUGUUCAGAUUCCCUAUUAUGAGUUUGAAAAUCUGAAGGACAAGAUAAACACAGUCGAGUACCUGCACAAGAAGAUUUUCCCUCAUACGUACCGACUCAGUUGGUGAUCACUAGUUUUCCACAUGCAGCAGGCUUCACACCAGCCUCACUCCCUCAAACAUAUGCAGACUACUCCGAUUCUAGAUUCACACAACAGCCUCUGUUCACUCCGUCAAAUAUAUUCAGAAGAUUAAAGAAAUGGGACUGCAUUACAUGUUGAAGCUAAUGUCUUGUACUGCUGUAUUUAUUUAAAUAAAUAAAUAAAUAAAUAAAUAAAUAAAUAAAAUCUCCUAGUUUAUG